CGCGCGUCCUGAUAUCACUCCGCUGGCAUGGAGGAGGAGGAGGAGGUGGAGGAGCGAGAGGAGGAGGAGGAGGCGGCGGCGGCGGCGAGCAGUUGAUCAUUGUGAUGGUGGCAGGAGCAGCGGCGGCAGCGGCAGCCCAGCCGAGCGUUAGGGGCUGCUCUCCGCGCGGCGUUUUCCAAAGGACUUCACCGAUCUACUUUUGCAGUCGCCUCGGACUGUCCAUGUGUUUACUUCCCCCAGCCCGAGGAUUCGAUAUCUAGGUUCCUGUGAAAUGCAACUGAGCAGCCAAAGUACUUUGAGAACACGGGGCGGCAUAAACACCAAAACUUUUUUGUGGAAGGAAAAUGCAAUAAGCAAGCUUGCCGUUUUCCGAUGCGGUGUGGAGUGAGUGUGUGUCGCGCGUGUCCGCACUGGAGGCAUAUGCUUGUGUGUGUACAUGGGGUGUGUUUUUCGGUACGUAGGGAGAAAAUGCUUGCCAACUACCGGAAAUCUCCUGGAAUUUAUUAGAAAAUAAUGGAUUAUAAAAAGAAGGCAGGCGAGGAGCGGAUCUCCCCUUGAGUUGCAACCCGAUUUGCUGCUGGCUCAGUUUGUUGUGAUUCUUUUUGUUGAUAGGUGUCUGAUGGUAUUCCGAUAACACCCCCCUUUUUUUCCCCCUCCAGCUUUACAGUUUAAAAAAAGGAAACAAAAAAACCACCCCAAAAUCUCUCCCCCUUUUUUUCGCCCGGUCGGGAUCGCUGUUUCCAUCCAUGUGCUUGCGUCUCCCCCGCGUUCCACUUAAACUAUUUUAAUCCUUGGACCCAAGGAGGAGGCUGAUAGGGGGGUGGAUAAAAAAAGUUCUUCCAAAAUAGUGUGCCCGGGGAGCAGGAUGGGGGAUUUCGCAGCCCCCGCUGCUGCCGCGAAUGGCAGUAGUAUUUGCAUCAACAGUAGCCUGAACAGCAGCCUCGGCGGGGCCGGGAUCGGUGUGAAUAAUACUCCCAAUAGUACUCCCGCUGCUCCGAGUAGCAAUCACCCCGCUGCCGGCGGCUGCGGCGGCGGCGGCGGCGGCUCCGGGGGCCCCGGCGGCAGCUCGGCGGUCGUCCCCAAGCACAGCACGGUGGUCGAGCGGCUCCGCCAGCGCAUCGAGGGCUGCCGGCGGCACCACGUCAACUGCGAGAACAGGUACCAGCAGGCUCAGGUGGAGCAGCUGGAGCUGGAGCGCCGGGACACGGUGAGCCUCUAUCAGCGGACCUUGGAGCAGAGGGCCAAGAAAUCGGGCGCCGGCACCGGCAAGCAGCAGCACCCGAGCAAACCCCAGCAAGAUGCGGAGGCUGCCUCGGCGGAGCAGAGGAACCACACGCUGAUCAUGCUACAAGAGACUGUGAAAAGGAAGUUGGAAGGAGCCCGAUCCCCACUUAACGGAGACCAACAGAAUGGAGCUUGCGAUGGGAGUUUUUCUCCGACCAAUAAGCGGCUCCGAAAGGACAUUCCCACAGGGAUGGAAGCCAUCAACAGUUUGCCCAACAACAUGCCCCUGCCUUCAGCUUCUCCUCUUCACCAACUUGACCUGAAGCCUUCUUUGCCCUUGCAAAACAGCGGGACUCACACUCCUGGGCUUCUGGAGGAUCUUAAUAAGAACGGCAGGCUCCCCGAGAUCAAACUCCCCGUCAACGGUUGUAGUGACCUGGAGGAUAGCUUUGCCAUCUUGCAGAGCAAGGACCUCAAACAGGAACCUCUCGAUGACCCUACUUGCAUAGACACAUCAGAAACAUCUCUUUCUAAUCAGAACAAGCUGUUCUCAGACAUUAACCUGAAUGACCAGGAGUGGCAGGAGUUAAUAGAUGAGUUGGCCAACACGGUUCCGGAAGAUGACAUUCAGGACUUGUUCAACGAGGACUUCGAGGAGAAGAAGGAGCCGGAAUUCUCACAGGCAGCCGCGGAGACGCCUCUCUCCCAGGAGAGCACCAGUGUGAAGAGUGAUCCCUCUCACUCUCCUUUUGCACACGUCUCCAUGGGCUCUCCCCAGGCCCGGCCUUCGUCUUCCGGUCCUCCCUUUUCCUCCGUCUCCACCGCCACGAGCUUACCUUCUGUUGCCAGCACUCCCGCAGCUCCGAACCCUGCCAGCUCACCAGCCAACUGUGCUGUCCCAUCCCCUCAAACGCCAAACCAAGCCCAUACCCCAGGCCAAGGUCCACCGCGGCCCGGCAACGGUUAUCUCCUGAAUCCAGCCGCAGUGACAGUGGCCGGUUCAGGGACAGGCCCCGUGGCUGUGCCCAGCUCUGACAUGUCUCCUGCAGAGCAGCUCAAACAGAUGGCUGCCCAGCAGCAGCAAAGGGCCAAACUCAUGCAGCAGAAGCAGCAGCAGCAGCAGCAGCAGCAGCAACACUCAAAUCAGACUUCAAGCUGGUCUCCCCUGGGGCCUCCGUCUAGUCCAUACGGAGCAGCUUUUCCUGCAGAAAAACCAAAUAGCCCAAUGAUGUACCCCCAAGCCUUUAACAACCAAAACCCUAUAGUGCCUCCAAUGGCAAACAACCUGCAGAAGACCACGAUGAAUAACUACCUCCCUCAGAACCACAUAAAUAUAAUCAAUCAUCAGCCAAAUAACUUGGGUACAAACUCCUUAAACAAACAGCACAAUAUUCUAACUUACGGCAACACUAAACCUCUGACCCAUUUUAACGCAGACUUGAGUCAGAGAAUGACUCCACCAAUGGCCAACCCCAACAAGAACCCUUUGAUGCCGUAUAUCCAGCCGCAGCAGCAGCCCCCGCAGCAGCCCCCACAGCAGCAGCCUCCGCCCCCACCCCAGCUCCAGGCUCCCAGGGCGCACCUGAGCGAGGAGCAGAAGCGCAUGCUUCUCAUGAAGCAGAAAGGAGUGAUGAAUCAGCCCAUGGCUUACGCUGCGCUUCCAUCCCACGGUCAGGAGCCGCACCCAGUUGGGCUUCCCCGGACCACAGGCCCUUUGCAGUCCUCUGUGCCCCCAGGCUCGAGCAGCAUGGUCUCUGGGGCCAGUCCUGCUGGUCCCGGCUUCCUGGGCAGCCAGCCUCAGGCAGCCAUCAUGAAGCAGAUGCUGAUUGAUCAGCGGGCUCAGCUGAUGGAGCAGCAGAAGCAACAGUUCCUGCGGGAGCAGAGGCAGCAGCAGCAGCAGCAGCAGCAGAUUCUGGCUGAGCAGCAGUUGCAGCAGUCUCAUCUCCCCCGGCAACACCUCCAGCAACAGCGGAACCCAUACCCUGUGCAGCAAGUCAAUCAGUUUCAAGGCUCACCCCAGGAUAUAGCAGCCGUGAGAAGCCAGGCAGCCCUCCAGAGCAUGCGAACGUCACGGUUGAUGGCACAGAACGCAGGCAUGAUGGGAAUGGGGCCCUCCCAGAACCCAGGGACGAUGGCCACAGCUGUGGCCCAGUCAGAGAUGGGACUGGCCCCUUACAGCACCACACCUACCAGCCAGCCAGGAAUGUACAGUAUGAGCACAGGAAUGACCCAAAUGUUGCAGCACCCAAACCAAAGUGGCAUGAGCAUCACACACAACCAAGCCCAGGGGCCGAGGCAGCCUGCCUCUGGCCAAGGGGUCGGCAUGGUGAGUGGCUUUGGUCAGAGCAUGCUGGUGAACUCAGCCCUGACCCAGCAGCACCAGCAGAUGAAAGGCCCAGUGGGCCAGGCCUUACCAAGGCCCCAAGCCCCUCCAAGACUUCAGAGCAUCAUGGGAACUGUCCAGCAAGGAGCACAAAGCUGGCAACAGAGGAGCUUGCAGGGAAUGCCCGGAAGGACUAGUGGAGAACUGGGCCCAUUCAACAAUGGCACCAGCUACCCGCUUCAAGCCGGCCAACCCAGACUGACCAAGCAGCACUUCCCCCAGGGACUGAGCCAGUCGGUUAUGGACGCUAACACUGGCACAGUGAGAACCCUCAACCCGGCUGCCAUGGGUCGGCAGAUGAUGCCGCCACUCCCGGGGCAGCAGGGCACCAGCCAGGCGAGGCCUAUGGUCAUGUCUGGGCUGAACCAGGGCGUCCCUGGCAUGCCAGCCUUCAGCCAGCCCCCAGCGCAGCAGCAGAUGCCCAGUGGCAGCUUUGCCCCCAGCAGCCAGAGUCAAGCCUAUGAGCGGAACCCUCCUCAGGACAUGCCAUACAAUUACAGCGAAGGCGCUGGGGCUUCCUUCCCUGGACUCCCGGACAGUGCAGACCUAGUGGACUCCAUCAUCAAAAGCGGGCCAGGGGAUGAGUGGAUGCAAGAGCUUGAUGAAUUAUUUGGUAACCCCUAGUCAAGAGGGGUCCCGGGAGCCACAGCUACAGUGGUACAAGCUUUUACCACGUGGAAAAGAAACAGGAUGUUGACCCGUCCUUGUUUUUUUUGUUUUUUUGACCCACGUAAACUGAGCAAAACUACAGCUGGCUGAUGGUGGAAGAUCCAGGUGUCCACCAUGGCCCAGUGGGGCCUCGUUCAGCUGGUUUUCACACAGCAAUCGAGCUGAGACGCCAUGCCGACCCCUGCUGUAAAAGAGGAGAUGGGGAGGGCAGGCGGGGAAGACGAAGGAAGUGAAGCCCCUCUGCUCAGCGCCCCCUGUGAUCGCCCGACCCAGCAAGAGCUGCUCCAGCCCAGAGGGACUGGACUGUGGCCAGAGGUGAGGUACCGCCAGCCCUCCUGCUCCAGGUCCAGGGACUACAGCUUAGGAGACACACGAGACAGAGCCUCAGCCAGGGAGAGUCCCACAGAGGCUGCUAGCCACCGCACAGGCAGGUGCAGGUCAGAAACGCUCCAGUCUCUGAGUGGGAAGAGACGCGCCUUCCAGACACGCUCCUGUAUUUGCAGAACAGGCAGGAAGAACAGGGACUGAUCCCAAAGGAUCGUGCAGGCCUGUCUUCUGUCCCUGCCCACAAACCUCAGGCCAGCUGAGAUUGAAAAGGGCCUUCCGGCAGUCCUAAGGAGCUGCCCCAUGCCAAUCACCACUCCAGAUUGAGCGGAGUCUUUGGGGGGGGUCAAUACAAUAAUAGACAUGCAGGUGGCUCUCAUCUGCUCCUGGUGACCACAGGGUGGAGGGACCCCUGCUGGACUGUGUGGGUCAGCCAGCCCUCCUCCUUCACCCCUGACUCUGGACCCUCUCACUGCACCCCAGCCUGCCUUUGCUUCUCCUUAAAGACCAUCCAAGAAGAGGUGAAGCUUUGGAGCAAAGUCAGAAUAAAUGCAAAACUGAGACAAUGCCUGGGAGGCCAAGGGGACACUGGAGACUCUUUCUCCCACUUGCAUAGAGUGGAACGAAUGUCUGCUUGGAACGGAGUGCGCUGCGCUGAUAUUUGGGUGUGGGUUUACAUGAGCUACACAUCUGAUACUUCUGAUACCCCCAGAGAGGAGUGGCCUGGAGAGCACCAGUUCUGACUCUCUUGGUGAGAAUCCCAGGGUUGUCAUUCUAAAAUUGGCCUUGCACAACAUCUUUCUCAUCAUCAAACACCAAUAUAAAACCCCAGAGAUGGAGGAACAGAAAAAUCAAUAGCUCCACCUUCCAGAUUUGGAUAGUGAACUGGGGGAGGUUCCUUCCUAAGGGCAAGGUGAUCCACUUCAGGAAUUCUGUGCAGGUGUCCUCUGAUGUUCUCAGCUCCACCCUAAGUGACACCUCCAUGUCUGUUGGUCUGCCUCCCCUCCCAUGGAGGCAAAGUGGCACAAGUUGAAUGGACUUUCCUCCUGUCCCUGGUCCCCUCGUGUCCUACUUGCUGGCUCCCUUCUGUGCACCAACACACAACUCAGCACAGGAGGACAGAACCCAUGGAGGCCGCACUGGCCGAAGGCGAGUUCCAGGGGAAAGCUGGGCAGAGGACUGUGUGGAGGAGGCAGGCAGGCAUCGCCCUUGACUUGCUCUGCAUCUGCCAGGAGUCUAGACCUGCUCAGCCAAGGGCAGGAGGGGAGGCCAGAGGCACCUGGCUGCUGGAAGGUGGUGGCAGGGUGACGUGAACUUCCUGAAUGGGGAGGGAAGCUGAGAGGAAACAGAUGAAAACCAAAAAGUAGAAAACAAAUGCGAAGACACAGAUUCAUAAUUAUUACCCUUUCCUACAAGGUUCAGGAAAUGAAUAUAUAAGCAAUGAGGAGGAGCUGGAGGAGGCUGAUGGAGAGGGGGAGGCUCCAUCAUCUCCUCAAAGCUUCCUCCAGCCGCUCAGUCCUGGGACCAACAAAUAGAGAGGUAGAUUUUAAUAAGGUUGUUUUGUUUUGUUUUUACUACGGUGCUGAUGUAUAUGUAAUGUCUAAAAAAAAAGUUAUUUGUACAUAAGUUUUUACAAUACUGCAGAUAUCACUGGGUCUACUAUCUGUAAAAAAAAUAUAUACAUAUAAAUAUAUAUAUACUGUUUGUUUAAAAUAGAGUAUUUUUAUUUCAUUCCUUCACUCAUCAUCACAACAGUGGUAUUGCACUUCAGAUUACAUCUAAUGACUAAUUUGUACUGUAUGACCUAUGGCAACUGGCUCCAUUUGAUUCAGAUUUUUCUAGUUUUCUGUUUUUACUUUGUACAUUGAGCAUUGCUUAUUUCCUUUUAAGAGAUGUACAGGACUCUGAAAUGUAGAAAUGAGGUGAUGUUGACAUACCACUUUUAAAGAAAAAAAAAAAAAAACAAAAAUAAAUGAUCAUUAUCUGAAUCAAUCCCAAGUAGAGUUCAUUUUGGGAUUCUCCCUGGAUCUCCAGCAUUAAAAUAAGUGGACGAAUUA